UGUUCUGAAGAAUCCAAGAUGGCGGAAAAUCAAACGAAGAAUUUUCCGGAAAAGUACACCCUUGUCACCGUUAUUCACCAGAAAAAGACUUUGAUUGAGUUUCAUAGAACAUGAAGCGUUGUAUAAAUGAUUUGAGGUUGAUGGUGUUUCUUUUAACCAUUGUGUAACUGGUCAUUGGAUCUGAAAAUGGCGAGCUGUAACCCAGAUUCAGCUGAUUCUGUGGAAUCCCCAGUACUGUCGUUGUUCAAAAUGACAAAGGGUUCUGCCAUGCUCAAGGUCAAGCGGCAUGUAAGUAUUUCCCGUCAUAGUUACCUAGGUUUAAGAUAACGCAUGUCACUGAGAUGGGGCGAUAGACGAUAUCAUGUUAUAGUCGUAUUUCCUCGAAUAAGCUAGCGCCCAGGCGAUUACUUAUAGUUUCGGCUCAAAGGAGGGGCGCUUACCGGAAGGAGGGCGCUCAAUCGAGGGGAGCGCUCAUAAAAAAAUUUCAACCUGUACUGAUUUCGUUGUUAAAAAGUUAUAGGUAAAGUGUCAUGUCAUAGAAACAGGUUUUUGCUUGUACUAUUUAAGAAAGUGAGGGAGGAGGGGGAAGGGGGGUGGGUACUUAUUCGGGGGGGGGAGGGAGGACUUUUAUUCGAGCGUGGGUGCUUGUUUGAGGAAAUAUGACAUCUAAUGAAUUGGCAGGCAGGGGUGAAUAGCAAACUUUUUCCAAAUUUAUUUGUAAUCUCUCUCGUCUGAAAUAUUAAUGGGGAGAAGUGAAAUAAUUCUACAGGACUGAAAAAGGUAUUGAUUAAUUUUGCUACAUUACUUAAAAUAAUCUUUUAAUUUUAUUUUAUUUUGUCAGGGAACUCCUCAGAUCAAGAAGUUUGUAUUAUCAAGAGGUACAGUGUGAUAAAUUGAUGUACAAAAAUUUCUCUCAACAGACUUUUCUUUGUGAAUUAGAUGUCUUUGCUUCUUUCAACACCUUGGUUUUAACCUUAAAACUCUUAAGAUCUGAUCAUUAAAUCUCCCCUCCAGCUGCUACUCAUUUCCUUGUAAAAUAGUUAUGAGAAUAUGGUGUUUGAUCAUAAUAAAAACAUUCUACCUGAUAAGUUUGAGUAUUCUCUUUACCUGUUUGCUUGAUAAUGUAGUGGAUAUUUUAGGAAGAAGUUACAUGUUAAUCACUUCUGCUUUGCUUUGUAAAAUCCAUUUUUACCAUUAACAGACUGAAAUACUUUUCCAAAAGUUUCUCUUGUUAAUGAAUAUCUAUUAUUGCAGAUCUUGCUCAUUUACAAUGGGGAACCCCAAAAAAUAAAGGAGAAAAAUCUGGUAAUUAGUUUGCUUCUCUUUACAUAUACAAGUUAAUGAGAUUUGCUCUAUCUUGCAUAAGCUUCAAACUCAUUAAUGCUUAUUGUAAACAACAGGUCAAUGAUCUGCACACAAUCUUUGCAUGUAAACGCAUGUGAAAAGCAUAUAAAAAGUAUGUAAAAAGCAAAUGAGAAAUUUGAUAGCCUUACUAUAGUGUUUCUAUUCUCUUUCCAAUUAGUCCCUAAAGCCUGUAUGUAAAAAAAAGUUGUACUUUAUGGUUCUGACAGCAAAGUGUGACGGAACUGACCCCAAGUUUUGAACUUGGGUUUUUUACAGAGCAGUCCUGUGCAUAAAGAAUCUUCUCUGAUAUUUGUAACUAAACUCAACUUGGAUUUAUUUUAAUUUACGGUCACUGCAAUAAUUGCUGUUGCUAUUCAACCUGAGUGUAAUUUUGUAACCUCUAUAGUAUCGACUUCACAAAUGACUGAGCUUUUAAAAGGACAAAAGACCAAAGUAUUUCAGAACUGCCCUAUUCCACAGAGGGAGGUAAAGAAAAAAAAAUAAUUUUUGUUAUGAAUUCUGUUACAUUUAAUUGCCUCAUGUGUUCAUGAUACAUUGUAGGUUCAAAUUUUCAGUUCCUGUAGUAGUUAAAGUGGAUUGUUCAUGAUAGAUUAUUUAAAUAAUUGAACUGAUCUCAAUUUUUUGUCAUAGCUAUACCAACAUGUACUUUUUAAUAAUUCUACAAGUUCUUUAUAGGAGCGAUAAAAUGUUUUGAUAAAUGUUGAGCAUUUUAAUUUGAUGGAGUUGAACAGCACCUUGGCCAGCCUUUCUUAGUCAAGCUUUACUGUAGAUAUGUAUCUAUUUAUUUCUGUAGACCAUUUCAGUGUUGGGGUCUAUUGAUAACAACAUGGUGGGAAGUGGGAAGGUCAACAAAGAAAGAUGAAGUUAUUUCUGCUCAGAGAUCCGGGAUUUUUUUAUUACAUGCACAAGUGUUAUUUAAUUUACAUAAGUGACAUUUUCAAUUCUGAUUCAAUUUUUUUUUGUUUGGUUUUAGUUUGUUUGUCUUCUUGUUUUAAAAUUUAGAUUUGUUUUUUGUUUAGUUGAAGAUUUGAUUUCAAAUUAAUGAACCUGUAAAGGUUAAAUUUUAAAUAUGAGAAUCAGGCCCUUGCUGGGCUGCUUAAUUGGAAAUCGGUCUGAGGUAAAUAUUCCUCUUCUUUUUCAGUCCAUGUCUUUCUCUGUGGUUUACAAGAUUGGUAAAAGUUUGCAGACAAUAGAUGUUGUUUGUUUUGACAAACAGCAGUGUGAUACAUGGACAUCAGGUUUGCAGGUAUGUUUUGUUGUAAAAUAAUUGUUUAAUGAAAUUUAAAGUUUUUUAAAUUAAAGCAUUGUGCAACCAUAUUUUAAAGAUAAAGGGGGUACGUUUCUAAAGAAUCUGUGGUGCUACAUCAGGUGUGUAUAGGAAGAUAAUGUAGUGUUAUCAAUGUAAAUUAUAUAAUGUAAAUUGGCCACUGUAAAGAGUCUCUAAAGCUGAUAUUCUGAAUGUUAGCCCUUCCUCAGAGCAAACAGAGGGAUUGUGAAUUGAGUAUUUUUUUAAAAUGCAGAAAGAGGAGCUGUACUAUUGGUGAGAAGAUGGUAACAAGAAUAAAAGAGAAUGAAGUAGUUGCAUAAAAAGUGUUCAUUGAUACUGUUGGGAUAACGAGUGCUGAUUUUAAAGAUUAAUUUUUAUUCUAGAGGUUUGCAGCUUUCUGGACAGCUUAGAUGUCAAGGGAAUAGCAGCAGACUUCCAUCUAUUCAGAUAAUUUAGUGUUAACAACUGAGUUGAAAAUGUAAAUUGGCCACUGUAAAGAGUUGAAAGGCUGGCAUAAUGAGUGUUAGCCCUUUGUCAGAGUGAAGGAACUCCAGACUUCCAACUCCUUUAUGGUGGCCAAUUUACAUUUUCAAUUCAGUUGUUAGCAUGAAAUUACCUGUUAUACUCUUCCACUGACACAGCACCACAGUUUCUUUAGAAAGUUACCUCCUUUAUCCCAUCUAUUCACUCUGAUAUUAUACAGCUAACAAUGAAAACAUCAGCUUUAAAAACUUUUUAGGGCUGCUAACUUGCAUCAUCAUCUAAGGUGAUCAUACCAAAUUAGCCCAUUUUUUUAAAUAGUUUUGUUUUCUUCUUCAAUAUUACUGUCAUGGUAUCUAGACUUUACACUUCAUCCCUUUUAUUUUCUAGUCUUAAGAGGGAUGUGGCUAUGGGUUUAAUUGGAGAAUACAGUUUGAUUGUUCAGUACUCAAACUAUACACUUGUUUAAUCUGACAGGCCUUGGUGAGUGGUUUUAAUGACAGAAAGGUCAUUGAUGAAUUAUAUAAAAGUGGAAGGAAUCGAGAUGAGAUGGAUAACCAACGUGUAUCACCAACGGAUGAUGUGGGUAGAUUGUGUGGUAAUUUGUUAGUUACAGUCUGUCCUCAGUUAUAAUUCUUUUACACAUGUUGAUAAGGCCAGAAAGGCCACUUCACAUACAAAGAAAAGAAUACAAAGAGAAAGCCCAGCAUUUAUGAAAUAAGUGAAUUUUGCUAAAGUUAGUGAGUGAAAGAUGGCACAAUGGCCUUUUAUAAUAGCAAAGAACAUGUAUGUGUAGAAUUCUGCUAACUUGAACAAAGGCUAUUUCCACUGGGUUUGGAUUUGGAUUGGGCUACUUUUUUUUUCGUCAUCUACUAUCAUCUAACUUGAACUCAGGUAACCUUCUGACCCCUAAGAGAGUUCAGCAUCCAAUUUCUUCAUACAUCAUCACUGCUGAAUCAAACAUUUAAGUAAAAAGAAUACAGAAAAUGAUCGUCAAACUAAACAUUCUUUUCUAAUAAACUCGCAUAAAACAAACUAAAUAACACAGAAAUGACUGUUGAUUGUGCAAGAAUCAUGGUAAAAACACAGUUCCUAAUUAAUCAUUAACAUGGUAAUUGAAAUUCAACACCAAUCCUGUUAACAAACCCUUCUAACUCUAACCACUUUUUGUUUCCCAUGGGAGUAACGCUACAAGUUAGCUGCAUGCUACAGUACUUCAAAACUGCCUGACAACCUAACUUUCUCUGAUUGGUAGGUCAUGAAAUACAGUGUUUGUAAUUUCCCUUCACAUGAAAUCUUGAACCCUUUAACUCCUAGAAGUGAUAAAUGUGUAACUUCUCCCUAUAAUAUUCAUGCAUCAUCUAGUAAAAGGCUAAUGAGAAUACUCAAACUUAUCACAUAGAGGUUGUUAUCUUGAUCUGAUGCCAAAUUCUCCCAACUGGUUUACAAGAAAAUGUGCAACAGCUAGAGGGGAGAAAAACAAUUACGUCCUGGGAGUUAAAGGGUUAAAGAGAUAAUUAUAACUCAUGAUCAUAUGGAAUUAAUCAUUCAAUUUUUUUUUUGUCAUUGUCACCACUGCAACUUACAUGUCCCCAUUAUCAUCAUUGUCAUAUGUAGUGUAGACAUCAACUUGUUAAAUUUCAUUUCAAACAUUAUAAUUUUAGCAUGUUGGAGAAAAAGAUAACAGUGGUUGACUCAACCCACUCAUUUACCAGUGUGCAAAUGAUUUCCUUUUCUUUAGAUCCCUUUGCAACCCAUGACUGCAAAUGGACAACAGCGUAAUGAAGGUAUCUUUAUGAUAUUGGUAUAUGCUUUGCAGCUUUGGUUUUUUGAAGACAGAAAUACAAAGUCAGAUCCUUUUGAAUAAAUUUACAAUCAUGUAUUACAGUGUUCUCCCCUAUUUUAAGCGUGACAGCUAAAAUAAAUUUUCAAACCGGUAAAGGGAUCCUUCUAUCUGUUGAAUUUUCAAGAAUUCCAAGCAACUUUAAACGGUGAUAAGGGGUACUUCAGGCGGUAAAUAUUAUCGGUUACUGCCUGAAAAGGAGAACACUGUAUUACCAUGACCAGUGAGAACUCGGAGUUAAACACGAAUGGCAGAGGUGCUUUUAGUUUGUAUCAGGUUGGGUCAGUGGUAGAACAAGUUUUCUGAUGUUAAGAAGAGCAGGUCGUGUAGAAGCAAAACCAAGAAAUCCCACGACACUUACUAGCAGUGAUCAGAGAUUAAAAGAGAGUGAUUGUGCUUUAUUUUUAUAUACAGAUGCCUGUGACCUGUACACGUGGGGUAAUGGCUCCACAGGAAUGUUGGGGCAUGGUGAAAAUGCCGAGGAGAAUGUUCCUAAAGUUGUAGAGGCAUUGCAAUCAAAGGAUGUGAUGAAAAUAGCCUGUGGAACCACUCACACUGUUGUGUUAACAAGUAAGUCGCACUGCAUGAACAGUGAAGUGCCAACCAAACGAUCGCGGGCUCGUAACGUUAACACGCCCUGAGAAGACGCCUGCACUGCAGGCUACCUCCUUCUCGGAGCUGGCAGGUAGGGAGAGCAAUAGUCAGUUUUUAUACUCAAUGGAGCUUAAAUAAACUUUUGUUUCGCUUUUGUUUCUUUUUUUUUUAGACGAAGGAGAAGUGUUUUCUUGGGGUUUAGGGUAUGGUGGCAAGCUUGGACAAGGACAUCUUAGAGACAGAUCGACCCCGCUCAGAGUUGCUGCAUUGAAAGACAUGAAAAUAACGACAAUUGCGUGUCACGAAUUCCACACAGCAGCAGUUUGUGGUAAGAUAAUGACGCGUCAUAUCCCUGUGGCGACGUGGGGACUCAAAGAACACAAGCUUAGGCGCAAACGUCCAGACUAUCAAACCAAGGGAAAAAAAGACAAAGCGACUCUAGCCCAGAGCAAUUUCUACUUGAUUGUUGAGAAUUGUCCGGACCUGCGUUAGAUGUAUCUGUGCCUUUGUCUAGGCACAUAAAACCAACCAAACAAACAGUUCCCAAAUGAAAGCCGAAAUGUUUCUGGAAAAGUUUUAAUUUGUUUUUGUGCCUUAUCUUACGCAAAAUUAAAAAAAAAAACAAAAACAAAAAAGAAGGGCCUGAGCUUAACGCAAUUUCCAACUGAGUAUUAAAAGAGUGAAAGUUAUCGGGGUUUGCUCUACUUCUCUUUGUGAUUGGCCAAAAAAAUUCGGACCAUCCUCUCAACCAAUCACAUGUCGAACUAAAACCGAUCUUAACUUGGUCACUCGAUUUUUCCCGCGCUUAUAGCCUUCCAGUGGGCAGUCUUCCUAUUAGGAGAGAAUAGACUGGAAUGAGUCUGAGCUCUCGUAUCGUAGCGUACCUUUGUUGUGAUUGGCUGUCGUGAUUGUUUCUGUUUGGUUUGUUAAUUUUGUAAUAUUCAGUCGAUCACCUCACAUGACUUUCCAUUGAUGUUGACAGCUACAGGAGAAUUAUACACAUGGGGCAAAGGAGGUCCAAGGCUUGGAUAUGAGAGCGCUACAAGAAAAGAAAUACUACCAAGAUUGGUGGAAGGACUUGAAGAACACCGAGUUUCACACGUGGCUUGUGGACAAGCCCAUACUCUAGGUAAACUUGUGGGAUAAAUAUCUAUCUAUAUCACGUUUUCCAUCACGCACAGGACUAAAGUACGUCUGCACCUAUCAGGGACUUACUCGAAUAGAGGAAGCUGGCAACUUUACUAGUUUUAUAGAAAUUUAUUUUGUUAAACAUUAACGAAAUUUGAACAACAUCGGCAUUAUUUUAGAAGAUUUGCGUUAUUAUAUAGGUUUGGGGGCUUCACUUUGCAGCAUGCCGUGAACAGAAUUUGUUUCUGUAAAAAAAUUGUUUCUUUAAACCUUUCCCAAUUUUAAGGUUUAAUUCGCCAACGACUGAAAUCAAAGCUGUGUUCUUCGUUUUCAAUAAAAUCAUUUCUCGAGUGAAGUUAACUAAAAUUUUUUAAAUUCGCUAAAAAAGAAAAGCACGAAAAUGGAGAGGAUGAAUGAAAAAGGAACCAAAAAGAUUUGUAAUGGAUUUCAAAUGGCCAACUUGGAGAAUUGUUGCUAUGGGAACGGUCAUUAUUAAUCGACGAGGGGGAUUUUGGUUUUGUCCCCAUAAAUUUACCUGAUUCCCCCGUAAGGCUCUUCAGUUUUCUCCCAAUCUCCCUCCCCCCCUUUUUGUCAUUCAAACUCUGUUACAGACAACUGUUCCCCCUUCUGUUCCCCCUGAAAACCAUGUGACCUCCCCCCCACAAAAAGUCUCACGAUCCCCAUUCCAGACGAUAAAUAAUGACAGAUUCCUAAAUGUUUGAAGGAGAGCAAACCGCGACGAGAGUAAUUAAACAGGUGUACAUUUUAAAAUCCACAGUGUGCACCAAGAACGGACAGUGUCUUGCUUUUGGUGACAACGAGUUUGGCCAGCUCGGAAUCAAAGGACUCAACAUGAGUUAUGAGCCAUUGAGAGCACACGAGCUGGAGAGUCAUCACAUCAUGUACGUGGCUUGUGGAGCGCGUCACAGUGCGGUGUUAUCCGGUGAGUCAAGAACUCCUGGUGAACCCUUAACUCCCUCGAGUGACCAAGGAAGAAUUUCUCCUUACAAUAUCAAUACAACAUCAAGCAGACAAGUGAUGGGAAUGAAGAAAAAUAUCAGUUGGGAGAUUAUUAGUUGAUCUAAUACCAAAUUCUCCACACUAACAUCAUAAGAAUUGUACGGCAGACAGUUAGGAGAAUUACUAAUGUGAUCUUAAAAGUAAUUAAGGUGUUCGCUCAAACGCAGUUCAUUAUUUUUCCUUUCUCGAUAUCAUUGUUGAUCCUAAAUGUAAACACGGAAACAGAGUACAGCAUUCCAGGAGCGCUAACUGCUAGGAGUUAAAGAGAUAGACUCUUGAAACCUUAGCUAAAAAUUUAAAUCUAAGAAACAGGAGUACUCUUUUAGGUAGAAAACUCGUCUACUCUGUGUCAUUUUCCUAGUAUAUUUAUUGUGGGAAAUUCGAAUUCGUGUAGAUCUGGUAUUUUGGACAAAAAAAAACGCAAAACGGAUAGCUUUUCGGGGCCGCUAUUUACAGGUACGUUGAGGAACGGGCCCCUUGACUACAUUAUCGCGACGAGUUUUGCCUACCAUUUUUGUAUGUUUAUGAGUUGCAUGAAAUGUCAGGUCGGUAACCGAGAUGAACAAAGUGCAAACUUUAAUUUCUAUCCGGGUAACACGACUGGAGGGUUCAUCCAGGAUGAAGAAGAAGUUCUUUUCGGAUAAUGAGAUCUUGGUUAUAAUAAUCAACAUUUUGGUAACCAUCCAAACUCGCCGUCUCACUAUGAAUGUAUCGAAAUUGCCGAGGAGUGAUGAGGAGAGAUUUCAGAAAUCGAGCCAGCCCUAUUCAUUGUGCGUCUAUCAAGAGACCUUUCAAGUGAUGAAGUUUUCUUACCUGCGAUAUUCUGAGUCAUUUUUGGGCACGUGAAAACCAUCGUUAACUUAAAGGAGAUUACUAAAUAUUAGUUUGGUAAGAUAGAGAUACAAAAAAGGUGCGAGAAUGAAUUAUGAAAGAAAGAGGAUGGUAAAGGAUGAAAGAGAUUGAAAUGGAUUGCAAGUGGUUAACGUGGGAAAAAUGUUGUCACAAUUUUUUUUUUUGGUUCAAUUUAUUUAGAGGCCAUAACGGUGAUUUGCUUCCUUGUCUAUACGUCAUUUCUUGUUUUAGAUACUGGAUAUCUGUGGACGUGGGGUGAUAACAGGUCUGGUCAACUAGGAGUGGAAAAUCUGAGCCUCUCGUGCAAUCCGAUCACUUUGUCAACAUUGGCAGAAUUAAGGUAACUUACAGGAGAUGUAAACUUUCGGAUUCGUUCGCUUGGUACACUAUGGUUGAACGUUAAGAACAUGUAGAAAUUAACAGGAGUUUGAAAGUACUGAUUUGUUUUAUGAGCGUCACAUGGCCUGAGCGUUGAAUUUGUGAGGAGGUACCGAAAUGAUUGACAUAUAUCUGCCCCAAUGAACUCUCCAAGCUUCGAGUCAAAAGUAAUAGUAAGAAAUGUUGAUGCAUUUGGCUCCUUUGUGUGAGUUGUAAUCACAAAUAGAGACUCUAAAUACGUAACCAAACAGCAUGAAGGGACCAGAAUUAGAAAAAUCUCAAACUCAGCCUAAUAUGUACGAGUUUUUAGGCUGGAAAUUACCAAGAAACAAACUCCUUUGUGUAACAGAAUUGGAGCUUAUGCGUCACUUUAGCUUUAAAGUCACCUAAAAAACGUGAGCUAGAAAAUGUAGAAAAUUUACAAGAGAUUCAAAGUCUUUUCUUCUUUAAGUCCGCUCUUUUUCUCUCUGUAGGAAUCAAGUGAUAAUUGAUGUAAGUUGUGGAGACAAGCACACAGUGUUCUUAUCAAGUGAGUAAUUUCAUAUGUUCGAUUUUCCCCACUCUCCCGAGCCCCUUCUUCCAUCCUCCUGUUCCCCUUCCCCCGAGUAUAAACUCUUUGGUAAGGAGCGUGUGUCCUACACUCUACCUUUAUACUCACGAGAUAUCGCGGAAUAGAUAGCGAGUAGAGCAACCAAUCAGUUUGCAGCAUCUGUGAUAGAACCCUGCUAGAUUUAUUAAACAUGUUGUUUUUGUUUUUGUUUCGUUUUGCCUUUUUUUGUUUUAUUUUUGUUGUUGUCGUUUUAGAAAAAGGAAAGCUGUUUGGAAUGGGUGAUAACUCAGAAAAUCAACUAGGAAUGAACCAAAGAAACAAGUCCGGAGAGACAAUCUUAAGGGUAAAUAUACCCACCCGCAUUCAACUGUCCGCUCACUUCAGAGCUUCCAAAGCAAUACAACUUUCAUGCGGAGCUUCUCAUACAGCCGCUGUUACAGGUCAGUAAGACGAGAUCAUCCUACCAGAGCAAUUUUUUCAGUUGAAUUUCCAAAGUAAUCCGAGAUUGCCCAGGGUUUCAUUCACUACCCCUUAUUGGUCUGGAAAUUCGAACACCCUUCUUAACCAAUCAGCUGUGUUACUAAAACCAAUCCCGUCAGUCACAGGUGUUGUUUCGCCCUUCACACAGUUGACUGUUUUUUAUUUGAAGUCCUCAUUUCUUGGCUUUUUGUGUUCUCGUCCCCAGUUCUGACUCUCCUUGUGAUAAGCUUGGCUUUGAUUCUACGACACCCGAUCAAGAAGCGCUCCAUCCUGGCUACAGUUGAAACUUAAAUUUUGUGCGGAGGCUAGGGGGAAGAUGAAACUGGGGGAGGGGGGGAUCUAUGUUAAAAUUCGGGUAUGUUAACCUUUGAAGUACGGUGUGUACACUGGAGACAGUUAAUCAAGUGUGGUUCUUCACAAUCCUCUUUUUUCAGAAUCAGGAGAAAUAUUUACGUGGGGAAAGGGAAAAGCAGGUCGCUUAGGUCACGGUGAUACAAGAGACAGGUGAGGACUAAAUAGUCAUGCUCCCCGACAUUGUUCUGACAUUUUUAAAUUUGUGGAAAGGAAUUCUGUUUCGAGAUAUUAAAAGCAACCCCGCGUUUCAACUUGAAGGAGACUCAUAAAACAUGAUUUGAAGAUGAACUGGACAGAUGUAGGCUAAAUGUUAAGAUACCCAAACCGACAGGUUGUUCCCCCAAAUGAGGGCUUGGUGGCGCUCAACUUUCUUGGAGAUGAGGUCAAGCGAUAGGAAGAGAGACCUUGGGAACUAGGUUGGAUGAUUUCAGUCCUAUAAAACAACAGAUUAAUUUCGAAUUUAAGAAAAUAAUGGAACAGAUACGGAAAACUUAGAAAAAUCUUGCCAGACAAAAUAGUUCAGGGGUUAUUUCUUUCCUUCCGCUGAAGAUAAUUGGCAAACUUUGUUAGAAUAAUUUGUUCAUUCUUGAUUUCCUACAGACCAGUGCCUUGUGAACUAGACAUGGAUGGCAAGCGAGUCCGUCAUGUGGAAUGCGGUAAUACACACACAGCAUGCCUUGUCACUAGGGCUUGGGUCUCAGAGGAUUUGGUUAAGAACUGCAUGGCGUGCAAGACAAAGUUUUCAUUGGUGAACAGGAAGGUACACAAUUGUGCAACUGAUUCCUUCUCCUUACAACAUCAAUACUUUAUUUAGCAAUAGGAUUUUGAGAAAAGAAAGGCCCGUUGGUUUGAAGGUUUUGUCUUGAAAUUUUACCAGUCUCUCCAGAAGAGGAAAGAAAAAUAAAAGAAAGAAAACUUUGUAGCUGUCGCAAGUAGGACGGAACAUAUUGGGCAAGCAAAAUAGGUUCGACCAAGACAUUUUUGUGUGGUUUCUUAUGGGUGUUUUCUUAUUUUUUAUUAAUCUACAGCAUCACUGCCGCAAGUGUGGAGGCAUUUUUUGCGCUUCAUGCACUUCAAAACGAACUUCUGUUCUCAAUCUGCCAGGAGAUCGCAUCCCUCGACGAGUUUGUGACAGAUGCUACACAGUUCUUCUAGAAGACGUGACGUGAGGUUCUCCUGAAAAUGCCUUUAACCAAGGCACGUACGUACGGUAGUUUGUCUCCGAGAUUCAGAUUAGCCCGCAGUUGGUUUAUGUCUCUGACGCUCUUAUGAACACAUGAUGGACGUAAUUGAUUAGCAACGGAUAUGUCUUGACGGAAGCUAGGAAAGCCGGGUCGAGUACAUGAAAUUGAGGUUCAGUGGUAAAUUUUCUUCAUGACAAAAAAGAUGAGAGAAUGAUUUUUUUCCCGUGGUUUACUAUUUUUCCUAGGCUUUUCUUUUCUUUUAAACUGUUCCUGUUCCGAAAUAUUGUUCUUUGUGCGACAGGACUUCGUAAAAAACUUUCAUUUAAAUUAAGUUCGUAGUUUAAGUGUAUUUUUCUUGUAAUCUUCCCCAAUACAUAUUAACUUCAUCAUGAUGUGCUGGAAACAUUUUUUUUGUGGCUCGCGUCGUACGCCAUUGAAUACCAAAUGAGUGAAGCAGAUUCUUUGGUCUACGCAAUACACACACAAAAAAAAUGAUAACUAACGACCAAAACAAAGAUCAAUGAGAAUAUCAAAACUGAUCGGAUGAAGUAGUUUUUCAAUGUAAAUAUGCAAGUGUACACGGUUUUACAACAAACCGCAUUUAUCGUGUAAAAUUCCGUCAAUCUGUACUAGGUUAAUACUAAGGUAUUGUUUAAGUGACACAGGUGUUUAGCAUUCAACAUUUCACUCAAAACAAUGUAUUUGAAAACAAUUCUCUCGUAAAUGGGCCGUACUAUUUUAUAUCAUUUUAUCAAUAUUAGUUUUUACCAAUAUCAUUCGUAUUAUUUGAAUCCUUUGAACAAACAAAUAUAGUUAUUCCUUCUUUUGAAAAUACCAAAGAUCGCCCCCCCAAUCAUGAAUAAGGUAUAAACGUAGACUUUUAUCCUAUAAGACGUAAGCGUUAAAAACUGGGGAAUACCACCGCGUUUAGACCAAUGCGGGCGAGCAAAAAUCUUUGAUGGAUUAUAAUUACCAACUAUUCACCAAGUGGAGAUAUAAGUGGUAAAUCCGCUAGCAACAGAAAGUGAGGUGAUAGUUCUGUUAGUAUUUACUAAAACAGUGGGAUAAUAUAGCACAAAAAGGAUUAUUUUAACUCAUUUAUUCCUGUAAUGAUUAUAAAUCCCGUGCUAGUUGCUUGGAGCUGAAUAGCAAAGGGUAUUCGGAGUUGAGUAGCCAAUCAGAGAACCCCUUCAACGCUAUCCACUGUUUUGUAGAUACUAAUGCUGGAUAUUCCUCACUGUAAGCUAGGACAUAUUCUGUCCAGUGACACCUUUCAACUUUGUACUGGAACGGAAAAGUAUUGAUGAAUUAUUAACGGUAACACUAAGAUAAAUGCGUCGUUAGUCGUAUCAGUUGAGAAAACGACUGAAACACUACCUUUGGUGUUAAAAGAAAACCAUCUGGAAUAGGUUUAAAAAUUCAGUUAGCAUGUAAUCUAAUAGGAAUAUUUUCAAAUUCUACGUUUGUAAAUCAAUAUUUUCAAUAAAACUAUUAGACUCCUUUAUAAUUUAUUACAAUUCGUGUGGAUGUUUAGCUGAAACAUAUAGGCUCCUUAGUGUUGGAGACACAGGACAGUAGAACACCGCUUUAUUAUUAAAUCGUUUUCAUUGCUUUCCCCGUUCUUUUGUCUUUUUGUUCCUAAUUAUUUUACGGCAAC